CAGCAGUAUUUACAUAGGAUGAGGAGCCAUGAUAAGGAUACAGUAUGAAAUAGCUGAACAGCUGAAAUACCUCUAUCAACAAAAUACCCAAUAACUUAAGUGACGUUAACUGGAAUCGCUCAAAUAAUAAAUAGCUAAGUAACUUUAUCAAAUCAGCUACAACAAGAUUAGUUUCUAAUAUAGACACACCACGUGAACGCGCACUAGAAUCGCGCGUUCAAAUAUUUGCUCCCGUGGCGUGUGCACGUUCAGUCAGCGACUGACUCGUUCAAUAGUAUUUCCAUCUGUCAGUGACUUCCUGACAACUGUAGCUAAAAUAUGUCAAAGUUAGAGCAGAUCCUUGUUCUCGAUCCUCCGUCUGACCUCAGAUUUAAAGGUCCUUUUACAGAAGUCAUCACCACCAACCUGAAGCUGAAGAACCCGUCUGAUAGAAGAGUAUGUUUCAAAGUGAAGACCACAGCUCCUAGGAGAUACUGUGUACGCCCAAACAGCGGCAUCAUAGAUGCAGGCGCCACCGUCACCAUCUCUGUAAUGCUCCAGCCCUUCGACUACGACCCCAAUGAGAAAAGUAAACACAAAUUCAUGGUCCAGAGUAUCUUUGCUCCUCCUAAUGAGUCUGAACUCGAUGCUAUGUGGAAAGAUGCGAAACCCGACGACCUCAUGGAUUCCAAGCUGAGAUGUGUAUUCGACCUGCCUCCUGAAAACGGUAGAGUGAAUGACGUGGAAGGGAGCACCGACGUUGCGGCGCCCGUGCAGAACUCGUCCAAGGCGGCGGACGUUCCCGUGGCGAAGGCGGCGGCGAAGACGCUCAGCGCCUCGAUGGACGACUCGGAGAUGAAGAAACUAUCAGAGGAGUGCAGGAGACUGCAGGCUGACAUGGGCAAACUGACCGAGGAGAACAGACAACUCAAGGACGACGGUGUUAGAAUGAGAAGAGCUGCCCAGCAUUCCGAUCACAUGACAUCAAAUCAGACAGGCUCCUCCUCCUCCAUGAUGCAACACACCACCGCAGCGUCCCUGCCCUCCCUCCUCGUCGUCAUAGCAGCCAUCUUCAUCGGCUUCUUCAUGGGGAAGUUCAUCUUGUAGACUGGGGUUGGCUCUGAAAUGGCACCCCAUUCCCUUGACCAGGGCCCUCAUGCGGAUGAGUCCCAUAGGGCUCUGGUCAAACGGUAAUGCACUACAUGGGGAAUAGGGUGCCAUUUGGGAUGUUGCGUUCUGAGAGACGCCUGCCGUAUCCCACGACAAUCCCACUGCUCCGGAAUCAAAAGGCCUUGAUGGAACUGACUAAUGACGAUGUAUUUCUGUUGACUUAGACAUAUCAGAAGUAGUGCUGUGAACCUCCAUUUGUCUGCAGUGACCAUGUCUGUCUGGUGUCUCUGUCUGUCUGGUCACACACACACACACACACACACACACACACACACACACACACACACACACACGGGAGAAAGAAAGAUUGCUCCUUGUUUUUGUUCUUUGAUGGAUGGACAGACAGGAUUGUGGAGGGGUAUGAUGGUUAUAUCCUAAAUGACACCCUAUUCCCGAUAUAGUGCACUAUUUAGUCCAAAGCCCUGUAAUGCCCUAGGUACCCUGGUAAAACGUUAGCGCACUAAAAAUGGAAUAGGCUGCUAUUUAGGACAUACAGGAAGAAGUACACUACCAAUCAACAUGGAGGACAGUUUAACUUGCAUCCCAAACGGCACACUAUCCCCUAUGUAGUGCACUACUUUUGAUAAGAGACAAUACUAAUUGAGCCCAGGUCUACAGUAGCCUGGUCCUAACCUCAGUCCUCAAUCCCAGGAUAUAGUAGCCUGGUCCUAACCUCCAGUCCUCAAUCCCAGGAUAUAGUAGCCUGGUCCUAACCUCCAGUCCUCAGCCCCAGGAUAUAGUAGCCUGGUCCUAACCUCCAGUCCUCAAUCCCAGGCCAGGAUAUAGUAGCCUGGUCCUAACCUCCAGUCCUGGAUAUAGUAGCCUGGUCCUAACCUCCAGGCCAGGAUAUAGUAGCCUGGUCCUAACCUCCAGGCCAGGAUAUAGUAGCCUGGUCCCAGAUCUGUUUGUGUUGUCUGGUUCUGGUCAAAAGUAGUGCCCUAGGGAGUAGGGUAUCAUUUGACUCCUAGAGUCGCCGUGGGCCUGAAGCAGUGGAAUAAACCAAGUGUUCUCUGUUGUGUUUAAUAAUAGUUAAAUGGAACAUUUAAGUGUCUUUUGUAAAUGUUAUUUUAAUCAUUUUUAAGAUAAAAAGGAGAGCACUACUUCUUCAAUCGUCAAAUACCGAUCACCUUUACUACCUGUUGCAUGGCAUCCCGGUGCAUUUUAGUGUGCUACUCGUGACCAGAGCACGAUGGACCCUAGUCAAAAGUAGUGCACUACACAGGGACGCAGCCAUAGACUACUUCAUUUGUUCUGUUUGUAAUUUCUCUACUUUCUAUUCCAUCUGGGAAAUAAUAGGUCCUUUCCUACCUGUCCUUUCCUACUUGUCCUUUCCUACCUGUCCUUUCCUUCCUGUCCUUUCCUUCCUGUCCUUUCCUUCCUGUCCUUUCCUUCCUGUCCUUUUCUACCUGUCCUUUUCUACCUGUCCUUUCCGUCCUGUCCUUUCCUACCUGUCCUUUCCUACCUGUCCUUUCCUUCCUGUCCUUUCCUUCCUGUCCUUUUCUACCUGUCCUUUUCUACCUGUCCUUUCCUACCUGUCCUUUCCUUCCUGUCCUUUCCUACCUGUCCUUUCCUUCCUGUCCUUUCCUUCCUGUCCUUUCCUUCCUGUCCUUUCCUACCUGUCCUUUCCUACCUGUCCUUUCCUACCUGUCCUUUCCUACCUGUCCUUUCCUUCCUCCCCUUUCCUACCUGUCCUUUCCUACCUGUCCUUUUCUACCUUUCCUUCCUGUCCUUUCCUUCCUGUCCUUUCCUUCCUGUCCUUUCCUACCUGUCCUUUCCUACCUGUCCUUUCCUACUCCUGACAAUACCAAUGUAGACUGUAUAUUAUUAUAAUCUUUUUCUCAGUGCAAAUCAUAUUAUAAUCCUUCUUUCCUUUUUUUUUUCGUUGAGUCAAAUGACUUUUGAGUCAACCCUCCCAUGGUUUUAAACCGAAGAAGAAAUCAAACUGAAAACAAUGUGGGUUUUGUUAGCGUUUCGUCUUCUGUCGUAGUCUCUUAGAAUAUACUGUACACUCUUCAUACCUCUUGACGUAACGGUUAAGGUCUUGGCUUGAUAGUCGCUGGACCAGGGUUCCGGUCAAGGCUAUGCCCUGAAUUCGCUACGUUGGUGUCAGUAGUGGGACGGUGCCCGUGAGGCCAUCGGGAGGGGAGUGUACACAUAAGGGACACACUCAGAUAUAAUGUCGAGAUGAGUAUGUCUCCGCCCCUGACAAUGGGAAUAGUUGUUUGCGGAACGGCACCCUGUCAAGCUCGGGUCUAUUCCUCUCUUUGGAUUGGUGGAUAUAUCUCGUUAUUUGAUGAGGGGUGUUGACCUCAUCAGCAUGUAUUCAAUGGAGAGUUAGACGCUAUGCUGGCCUCGUGAACAUGCAUAGACGCUAUGCUGGCCUCGUGAACAUGCAUAGACGCUAUGCUGGCCUCGUGAACAUGCAUAGACGCUAUGCUGGCCUCGUGAACAUGCAUAGACGCUAUGCUGGCCUCGUGAACAUGCAUAGAAAGUCUCGAAUCUCAAUGCCAACAACUCCAAUAUGAAUAAAAUAAAAAUCUACUCAAAGUUG